GAGAGAGAGAGAGAGUGAGAGAGAGAGGGAGAGAGUGGAGCGUAGAUAUUUUGUGGAAAGGCGGAAAGCAGAAUUGUGCCAAGCGUUCGUCACGCAUCGAGUGCUCGCCACGGUUGGGUGGAAAAAAACGCGCCGUUUUCCAGGGAAAAAUGAGAGCGACGUCUUCAUGCACGUGAAACUAUAGGAGGAGAGAAUCUGACACUAUUCUCGAGAAGGUAGGAAAUGUACGGCGCCGAGAGGGAGGAAGUGUCUGAAAGUUGGUUACAUACGUAUGAUCUGAGCAGUACUAUGAUUCCCAAUAUAAGUACAGCGAUUGAGGAUGAGGAGCAUUUUUGCAAGCUUAUUCUGUAUAAGGAAAUCAAAGAUUCAAGAGUACGAAUAUGGGAUGUCAUCAUUCUAAUACCAAAUCUGUUGUUCCUUCUAUUCAUCGCGAUGCGAUUCAACAGAGCAAGGCUUAAAUUACGUGCAACGAGUAGUCCGAUAUUUUUAGCGUUUUACGGUCUCGUUAUUUGUAAUGUAGUUAUAUCAGUGAUACGCUGCAUUGUAUCGAUGUCUGUAAACGCAGCGGCGACAGUUGGUGGCAAGGCUGACAAAGUUUUGUGGGUCACAGUGAGAUUUUUUCUACUAUCUACCGAGAUGAGUGUAGUUAUAUUUGGUUUAGCAUUUGGUCACUUGGACAGCCGUUCUAGUAUUCGUAGAGUACUACUUGCAACAUCAUUUAUAGCAUUGGCUUUCACGAUCACUCAAGGAACAUUGGAAUUAGUUCUGCCGGACGAUACAUUUCAUAUUCCCAGCCGUGAUUUUUACGUGUUUGGUCACGGCGGCAUGAUGUUUUGGUUUUGCAGCAGUCUCGUUUUUACUACGAUAUAUCUCUUCAUAUUAAUACUGCCAUGGACACGGUUACGAGACCGCCUAGCACUUCCUACACGGAAAAGCUUUUACAUUUAUGCUGGAACGCUGGCGACGUUGGAUUUAGUGCAAUCAAUUGGUGCAGGCUUUCUAAACUAUACUCAAAAUCCAGUGGGAUUAUGCAUUGUAGAUUUCACAGCAGCAGUAUAUUUAACUCUUUUUACUCCUUUGGUUUAUCAUACAUUCCUAUCGGAAUUCUUCGGGGUUUCACAACCAUCAAUAAUGUUCUCUUACAAGGCACAAGUGGACGACGCAAUGGACGAAGACACGGUGUCGUUACCGCAUCAACAGAGUUUUUCAUCCUUGAAAACCGACAGCGAUUACAUCUAUCAGGUCCAUACUCCUUCUAUUCACAUACCGCUGUAUGAUUCUCAAGCAUUGAAAUCCUCCAAGCAGGGAGCUUCUCUUUAUUCCUUAACAUCAGCUAGAGACCCGAAAAAUAGCGACUCGAGCACCUUCGGUUCACCAAUUAGAUCGUUUCGCUCGACAACCGGUAUUAAAAGCUUCGAUAGAGAUCUGACCAUAGAAAAGAAUAUUUCGGAAUUGACUAAUUAUCCUUUGAUCAGAUCUGACUUAUCCUCCCAAAAGAGCGUGCCGGAUUUAAGACUCUCCAGCCCGAGCAGGAAAGCCAUUUCUGUGACGCAUGUUAAGUACGAUGGUCCCAGUAGUGUCUCAAAUUUGCUCUUCUCGCCCGAUACCGCUAGUAACUUUCUCUACAAACCGAAAACAAUCGACAGUAACGUUAACUUGUACUCUCAAACGAGAAAAAGUAGCUUAGAAGGCGUGUUGGAUAACGCUUCUGCGGAUCCCGCGGCUAUAGUUGAGAACAUUCCGCAUGGAGACAGUAAUUUUUCGGAAAUACCUCAGGUUCCAGCGCUAGAAAAUAGCUUACAGUCCAUUUUGGAGAGUUGCACGCACAAAAUUGAAACGGAGGAUUUCCAAGAAUCUCGAUUAAGCGAUGAUUUAGCGCUCCAAGAGAGCGCUUCCACCAUAAAUCAGAGCUAUUUAAUGACGCGUUUAGAGACUGAUUUCUCAAAAGACUAUUCGGACGAUAUGAUGUCCAGUACAUCUACUAAUACUUCGAACACCACGCAACAAUUACUUCCUAGAUCGAGUUUCUCUCGUUCAACCGUAGCCUAUCGAAAGAACAAAAAUAAUUCGAAAGAAGGAGAAUCGGGCGGUUUAAGUGAUUAUUUGUUAUCUAUAACAUCCCCAAAAUUCAAUCACAGCGUUUAUGACUCGACCCAGUUCGACACGAACGCUACGCCAAUCAACCCGCUCUACGCGGCGUCUCUUCAAAGUCCAGAUAGUAUUACCGGUUACAGUAUAGACAGUCAAGAAGCACCGAACCCGCCAAAUGGUUAUCAACAAUGAACUGUCGCGCAUAUCGGUUCGGUGUGCUACGGAAAAAGCUACAGAACGAACCUGGAUACACACGAACAAUUAUUUCAACGAUCAAAUCAUUUAAUUUUACUAAGAACUUUGUGAAAUCCCCCUUUAAAUAUGAAGAAGAAUUCGCUACUUUUCCUCGAAAGGAGCGUGUCAUACGAAAAAAUUCGAAAUUAGAAUGAAAGUAGCGUUAAGAUUGUCGCGAGUCUAAGGAAGGAUUCUAGUCGCUCUUAAAGAAUUCUCAAGGCCGUAAUAAACACAGAUGCUUUCGGUCUUCAUGUGAUAGUUGGCACUUGGUGCGCCAAAUUGUGAUCGCAAAAUGCUGGAAGAAAUCUCAUAGAGACUCGGAAUCUCCAGAUAGUUUUAAUUUGCUUUAUUAUUAGGGCCUGAGGUUUUUUCUCGAAGGAUAAUUAGAAGGUGUAUAGCGUUAAUUUAUAUUAUUUUUGUACUUAAAUAGAUACUUUGUGUGAGAUCGUCGCGCGAGUGAAUUUUUUAUAGCACAUGAAAAAUAGAACUUUUUCUUCAGCAAAACGCAUUUAUCCUAAAGCAUGUACAAGAUGUAUAGGUCGUUUUAGGAUUCACAUACUGCCUCUCGAACGCAGACAUAUUCUCAUUAGUCGUACCUUUUCUUUUUACUCAUAAAAUAUAUCUUCGUCCAAGUAAAGAGAGUUCGGUAUAAGAUAUAAUUAGAGAAUAAAAAUUCAUAUCAACAUUUUUUUUAAAUUAUCACUAUUACGCAAUAACUACGUAAUAUGCGACUUUUGCAAUAUCCUGUCCUAUAUCUAUAUAUAUGCAGUGCGAUCAAUCUCGUAGCAAAGUUAGCAAUAUUAUUCCCGUCUUUAUUAUUUUGUAUUGAAAACUGCAAAAAUUGUGGUGUGGCGGAUUAUCAAUAAGACAAAAAUGAACACUUAGAUUUAACUUUCGAAUCUUGUUUAUCGUUUCUCCGUCCUUCUCAUCAAAGUGGACGUCGUCGUAUUGUUCGAAAGUGAUCCUUCUUGCGUGUGAAACUACAAGUCGCGCAAGCAACAAGUCGGACACUCGCUAUUUUCUUACUUUUGCAUCGAAAAUCAUUAGAUCGAUUAUACAUAUAAGGACAAUAGGAGUCAUUAAGAUUAAACGUCGUGCGGAGAUAAUUUUUUAGAUUUAAGAAAAACUCUUCGACACUCCAAUAACUAUUACUGAAGACUCCAUCCAUAAUGUAUAUACAUGAUCUGUAUUCUAAUGUAAAGGAUAUCGUACUAUUUAUAUAUAUUAAUAUAUAUACAUAUAUUUAUCGAUAUAUUAUAUAUCUACGUAAUCUGACGAUUGAGAUCUGAACAUUCACUCCUGCGUUAUUCGCGUUUUUUUAAUUGAUUUAUUUAUUUUUUUUUAAUUAAACGUUUAUUGGUCUUACGCAGGAGGAAAGAUAAGAGAAAAUAUACACAAAAUUAGCAUUAUAGAAUUGACGAAAUGUUUAUCAGGCCCGAAGACGCGAUUAUAAGUUCACGAGGUUGCAGAUCCUUCGUUUUCCUAUGUGCAUUUUAGACCAAGGAAAACUAAGAGCGAAAGAAAAAUCACAAGUGAUAACAUAACUACGUAUUUUCUAGCAUUUAAGUCAUUCGAACUUGUAUAUACGGAACGAAACAGCAUGGAACGGCGUUAAUUCUCUGUCAAUUGCAAUUGCUUUUUACCAUCUCCGACUAUCAAUCACCCCGCACUCUUCACGAACGUUACCUGCGAUCGUCUGACCGUGUGUGAUUCUUUUGUAAGCAUCGAGUGCAGUAUAUAAGGCAAUAUUAUGUGAUCGCGUCAUAUAGCUAUAUACUUGAUUGAAAAAAAGAUAAAAUAAAAAAUAAAUUACAAUUC